AUGACUACAGACCUGCCCAACGGUCAAGAAUCACCAUUAUCUGAAUCUCAAGUACUCACAUUGGGAGCUAAACAGUCUUCAUGGAGAAUGAUAGAAUGUAGUAUACCCCACCGUUUAUGCUCUAACUCUCAUGUGUGCAUAGAUGGUGUUGUUUACUUUGUUGUUAAAACAGGCGCUGACUUGUCGCAACGGAGCUUGGUGAAAUUCGAUUUGAGGUAUGAAAAGUUGGAUUUUGUAACUAGUUUACCUGCAGACAUGCCAUGUCUACGUGGUUGCUGCUCUUUUAUAAACUACGAGGGGAAAGUAGCCAUACCCACUAGGGCUAGCGGAAAUACAUUUAAUGUGUGGGUUAUAGAUCAGGCUGCUCCGAAACAUGGAUGGUUGAAGCUCAGUUUUAGUACUGAAUCUUGGAAUAUUUUAUCAAUGUUACGCAUAUAUGGCUUUACUCACACGGGUGAGUUUGUUUUGGCACCAAAGUACUAUUCUGGUCACUUUAAUGUGAUACUUUACAAUACCAACACGAAGGGUUUGAGAAAAAUUAAGGUUGACGUAAAAGGAGACUAUGAGUUCAUGCAUGGUCGCCGUACGAAAGCAGUGGUUUUUUCAGAGUACAUUGAGAGUAUUUGUAAGAGAGACAGUUUUCAUAGUUUGCGUUGA